AUGCCGACCUACGAGAAGAGCGAGGACUGGCUCCUCCAGUCGUCCCUCCUGCUCGAAGCCCGACCAUCCACAACUCGCAUAACAACCCGCUACUCCCUCCGCCCAGCCCGCCGCCUCGCCUCCAAGAAGAAGGCCGCCGAAGCAGCAGCAGCAGCAGCAGCAUCAUCAUCAUCACCCCCGCCCGACACCACCACCACCACCGCCGCCGCCGCCCAGACCAAACCCCCACGCGGCGAGCUAGUCCUCAAGACCUACGACCCCGUCUCUGGCGCGACGCUCAAGUACCGCACCAGCAAGGCGGCCGAGGUGUCGCGGCUGGUGCAGAUGCUGGGCGGGCUGGGGAGGCGCAUGGCCGCUGUGGCGCCGGGGCCCGGGGAGGAUGCCGGGGCCGGGGCCGGGCUGCUCUCGGUGGACGAGCCCAUGCCUGACGCGGGAAGCGGGGCCCAGACACCUGUUGUCGCGGGGGCGGCGGGGGCGAGUGGUCAGCAGCAGCAGCAGCAGCAGCAGGGAGGUGGCGGUGGGGCCAAGGGGAAGAAGAAGAAGGGGAAGAGGUGAGGUAGGGAUGGGGUUCGUGGUUGUUGUCGCUGUCGUUGUUGGGAGACGUGAUGGGCUUUUCCCCAGGGGAACGUGCAGAUUGGCAAGUCCCUUCGCAGCUUAACAGGCGUCCGAUAGGAAGCAUAGAAGGGCGAAUCACGCAGAGCAACAAGACACAAGCCUCAGUUGAAUGUUUUGAUCUGAUUCCUUAAUUCCAAGAAUCUACUAGUACAUGCCUCCAUCCAUGGUCGUUUUCCAUCAUCCAUCAAUAGCCGGGGUAACAUGAGGUCCUGAACGCCGAUA